CGCGGAUAUGAGCGCUACUUGAUCCCUCUCUCUUCGCUUUGCCACAGAAAAUUUAACGGUAACGGUAGUUUUUCUACAUGGCUAUUUUGCAAUCCGAAUAAAUGCAUCAUUGGUCAUUUGGUUGAGACUGAAUUGUAGGCUUUUUGAAUGUGCAAAUCAGUGGUGCAAACAGUCAUUUUAUCUCGAACACAUGAAAAGAUUUUGUCCAUGACGCGGGUGACCGUCUGUGGAGUUUUGGGAUAACUUCUUUGUACACAAGGAUAGCCAACGUUACACUGACAAGAAGACCAGGCUGAACAUGGAUUGGGGAACAGAUCUUUGGGACCAGUAUGACAUCAUUGACAAGCACACACAGUCGGGGCUGGAUCUGGUGGAGAAGUAUGUGAAGUUUGUCAAGGAACGGACAGAGAUUGAGCAAAACUAUGCCAAGCAGUUGAGGAACCUGACAAAGAAAUACAGCCCCAAAAGAGGUAGCAAGGAGGAACAGGAAUGCAGGUUUACAAACCACCAGUCCUUCCUGGAUGUCCUGAACGAGAUGAAUGACUACGCUGGCCAGAGAGAGCUGAUUGCAGAGAACAUGAUGAUGAACAUCUGCAUCGAGCUCACCAAGUACCUGCAAGAGCUCAAGCAGGAACGCAAGACGCAUCUCUCUGAGGCCAAGAAAGCGCAGCAGUCUCUGGAAAGCACCUACAAGCAGCUGGACAGUAGUAAGAAACGCUUCGAGAGGGAGUGGAGGGAAGCGGAGAAGGCCGCCCAGUAUGCAGAGAAGACAGACCUAGACAUCAACGCCACAAAGGCCGACGUCGAGAAGGCCAAGCAGCAGGCACACAUGCGUUCACACGUGGCAGAGGAGUGCAAGAACGACUACGCCGCCCAGCUGCAGAAAUACAACAAGGAGCAGUCCCAGUUCUACUUCACCGACAUGCCCCUCAUUUUCAACAAACUGCAGGACAUGGACGAGAAACGCAUACGAAGGCUGGCACAGGGCUAUGUCCUGUUUUCCGACACAGAGAAACACGUGAUGCCCAUUAUCGGGAAGUGCCUGGAUGGCAUCACCAGGGCGGGCAACAAUGUGAACGAACGCAAUGACUCCCUGGCUGUCAUUGAACAGCACAAGUCUGGCUUUGAGCGGCCGGGUGACCUGGAGUUCGAGGACUACAGCCAGGGCAUCAACCGCACCUCGUCGGAGAGCAGCCUGGGGACGCCGAAAGGCCCCUUAGACCUGCUGGGCAAAAACAAAAGCAAGCCCUUCUGGCUGUUCAGCAAGAAGAGCAAGUUCUCAUCACCACUCACGCCUUUCUCCCCCCCCCAUGCCCCCUCGCCUGCUAACGGACCCCCCUCCCCCAAGUUCGGCCGGGACCCCCUGUCGUACUGUUUGAAGGAGAUCAAUAAGACUGUCAAACCCCGAAUCUCGUCCUUCCGGACCCUCAGGAGAACGCCUACAGCCACAGAGGACUUUGGCCACCUGCCCCCUGAGCAGCGGCGUAAGCGGCUGCAGCAGAAGAUCGAGGAGCUGGGCAAGGAGCUGCAGAAGGAGGUGGAUCAAAGUGAGGCCCUGGGUAAGAUGAAGGACGUUUACGAGAAGAACCCUCAGAUGGGCGACCCAGCCAGCCUGGCCCCUCAGAUCAACCAGACAACCCAGAACAUGGAGAGGCUGCGGGGAGAGCUCAGCAAGUAUGAGAAUUGGCUCACGGAGGCAGGAGGUCGAGGGGACACGCUGCGCUACUCAUCGCAAUCCUUCAACAAUAAUGGAGCCCAUGAUACAUACAGCCCAGACGGAGCGCACUCGGAUGAGGGCACCCCAGACCCCUCGCAUGCCAUCUACGCCGAGUUUGAUGACGACUUUGAGGAGGAGGAGUUAGCCGCUCCCAUUGGCCAGUGCACAGCGCUCUAUAACUUCCCAGGUUCCAGCGAGGGCACCAUUGCCAUGCAGGAGGGCGAGGUGCUGUCCGUGGUGGAGGAGGACAAAGGAGACGGCUGGACCCGCGUGCGUCGCUCCAACGGGGACGAGGGCUACAUCCCCACCUCCUACGUCAGCAUCACCCUCAACAAGUGACCUCUGACGUCCCCGACAGACAGACAGACGGGCUGCAGCAAUGUGCUGCCCACCCCCCCCCCCCCCCCCAGCUCCUCCAUCUCCCCUCAUAGCACCUCUCCACCACGCCACGCCACAUGAGACUCUUACAGUACCAAAAUCGCAGCUCCUUACCAACCAAGCACUGCAUUGCUUUCCGGACCUCUCAGUGGGACCAGGCUGUGGUGUAAUGGACCAAAGACGAGGGCACAGCGAACACACUCCGCUUCCUGGGCGUCCUCAUUCCGACUUGAGCUCCUGGUCAGCAGGCCGGGGGUGGUGGGGGGGGGGGGGCGAGUGAGGUAUUGAGGCUGCCCGCGCCUGACGGGAUGAUGAAUGUGCCGUCACCGCCACAGCCGAAUGCGGAGCUCCAUUUGCAUGGGUGCACCGGACAGCCGUGAGCUUUGUGCUCAUUUGUCUCUUGUCAUGGCUCUCGCUUUCUCUCUUUCUGUGGUCAUGUUCGUUUUUUUUGUUUUUAUUUCUGUGAGAGGAUAACCUGACGUGCGGGGCGGGAUACUCAGGUACCACACCAAGAGGUUGGGACACAUUAUAACACAGUCUUGGAGGGGUGGAAUCCACAAGUUCACUCUUGUGAUGGGGCAAAGGCGACCCCCCCCUGUCUUUUUGUGACGAUGCAGGGACUAUGUUGGGUGUGUGGGCUUCUUAACACAUUAGCAACCACACACAACUUUGGCUUGCUCAUUCCAAUCUAAACACUUAGGCCUAGUAAAGCAGCUGUGUAAGGAUGUGUGCACCCAUGUGGCAUGAGGUGAGAUGUGGUUCCAACACCACUUAUGCCUUUUUUGUGCAUUUGUACAGGUGUGUGAGAGUAUGUGUACACACAUAGUUUUGUUCAGUCCUAUUGUGAUGCAAGGCAUUGGCGGGGCCAAAGACCUAUUUUUUGGGGACUUCUCCUUUCUCCUGAGAUAGGACACCUCCCUCUCUCUCUCUCUCUCUCUCACACACACACACACACACACACACACACACACACACACACACACACACACACAUACAGUACAAAAACACACAUACCGCCAUGCCGAAUGUCACGUCUCAGCCAUAGCCUCAUUCUUCUCUGGAGACAGCAAAGUGAUGUUCAGCGACUGACAGUCUGCCGUGUCCAGUACUAAACAGUAAUUUUUUUUUUUUAUGAGGCAUAAAAAGAUAAUUUAUUACGUUUUUGUUAGUAUCUUUAUGGCACAGAUAUAGUGAUCAAUACAAUUAGAUAUUGGAUGUGAUGCUCACACAGUUCUACACAACACUUGCACGCCAGCCUACAGAGGUUUGUCUGCAACCAGCUGAUGCGAUAUCGAGAAGAACAAGACCAGUACAGACAUUAAAAAUGCAAGGUUAGGACUAUCAUAUUUAAUUAAGAAAUAAUAUAUUUUAGCGAUCACAACACCACUAUUGUCUUACUAGCAUUUUAUUCCACAUAAAUAAAUAAGAUUAAGUUAGAGAGCUGUUUUACUUCAGGAUGUUUUAAAGAGGGAUGUGUUGAUGAAGUCUGAAGUUGUUGGAUUUGAUUUGUCCUCUUUGAGCCAGGUGGUUUACAUUUUCAAUGCAAAACUGUCUCUGUGUCCAGGUGCCUUCCUAGUUUGCAGCCAUUUGUAUAUAAUCCACAUUUACAUACAUAAAGUGUUAAAAUGUUUAUAGAUAUUCAUAUAUGUAAAGCACAUUUUCAAAUUUAAA